UUCUCUCUCUCUCUCUCUCUGAAAAUUCAAUGGCGAGCGCCAUUAAAAAGGUAGAGAAGAUCCGCCAAGUCGUGAAGCUGAAGCAGGUGAUGAAGCGAUGGAAAGACAUUAGCCUCGGUCGCAGACACGUCAUAUCUGAUUCGGAUUCGGAUUCGGAUUCGGACUCGACCCGACAUCGGCGCAUCCCGCCCGGCUUCCUGGCGGUCUACGUCGGACCCGAGCGGCGACGUUUCGUGAUCCCGACCCGGUUCCUGAAUCUCCCAAUCUUCGUCGCCCUGCUCAAGAAAGCCGAAGAGGAGUACGGAUUCCAGGCCUGCGGAGGGCUUGUUCUGCCCUGCGAUGUGGGUUUCUUCAAAGGGGUGUUGAAGAUUCUCGAGAAAGACGAGCAGAGAUUUCGUGGGUUUGGUCUGGAAGAGGUUUUGAAGCUGUUUUCUGAGGUGGGUUUUGAUUCUUGCAAGGAGGGGAAGGCCGCUUGCCAUGGAUUUGCUCCCCUGUUGCAGAAAGCUAGGGUUUGAUGGUUGGUGGUGAGGAGUUUAGUUUUUUUCUUUUUUCUUUUUUUUUUUUCAUUUCUUUGGGAAUUUUAGGAUUUUAGGUCUUUUUUUCUUUCUUUAUUAGGGGUAUGGCUGUUGGUGUAAAAAAACAAGAAGGGAAGGGGGUUUUAUGCAAAUGUGAUGUUUUUCAGUUUGUUUUUCCAACCAUCCAUGAAGCCAUUUUACAUGGGUUUCAAUGUGAUGUGGCCAUUUUUUUUAGGGUUAGUAGUGAAGGUGUGGAUGAUGAUGAUGAUGAUGAUAACUUGAAAUUAAUAUUAAUGAAGAUUUUCUUACUAA